UAAAAGACCUCUCUGUCCGGACUUUGGCCUGCAGCCAGGCAGCGGCAGCAGAGACGUGUCAGACCAGGUACACCAGAGAGGACGCUUCAUUAACUCUACACUGAGCUUUGAAUGCUCAAGCUGAGAGUCGUGUGACUCCUGAACGACAUGUUGUAGAGUUGUAAAUCACUAAAAUAUACAGCUUCUACUGCCUAUCUGAGCAACGCUCGAGGACUUUAAGCCAUCUCUUAAAGAUAGAAGUUGCACUUUGACUCAAGAGUCGUCAUAUAAAGUCGAGGAGAGAAAAAGUAGGUUAUUUUACCAAAUAGCAAGAGGAAAAGAGAAAAAGCCAUGGCCAUGUGGAGGACAGCGGGAGUUCUGCUGCUAAUGCUACAAACUGUGUUUGGCCAGAGCAGCAUCGCAUGGUGUACCAUCUCAGAGCCAGAGCAGAGGAAAUGUCAGGCCAUGUCGCAGGCUUUUGCCGCUGUCUCCAUCCGGCCGUCUCUCCGCUGCGUCAACGGAUUGACAGUUGAGGGCUGCGUUCAGAAAUUACAGAAAAAAGAAGCAGAUGCCUUGUCCAUGGAUGGCACUGACAUCUACAGACUGGGGGAGACCGCUUCCUUCAAGAUGGCUGCCAGUGAAUCAAAACCCGAUGGUACUGGUGCCUCCUACUAUGCAGUUGCUGUGGUGAAGAAAGCAAAUUCUGCCAUCAACAUCAACAACCUGGCAGGAAAGAAGAGCUGCCACACCGGCAGAGGGCGAACAGCUGGCUGGAAUAUGCCUUUAGGUUACCUCAUAGACCAGGGCUACAUGUCUGUGAUGGGCUGCAACAUCCCACAAGGUGUGGCACAUUUCUUCAAUGCCAGCUGUAUCCCGGGAGCACACGAGGCUGGUGACCCUGCGUCUCUGUGUCAGCUGUGCAAAGGCGAUGACAACGGACAGCACAAUUGUGAGAUGAGCGACAAAGAGAGAUACUUCAGCUAUGAAGGAGCUUUCAGGUGUGUGGCUGAAAAUGCAGGAGAAGUGGCCUUCAUCAAACACACAACUGUCGAGGAGAACACUGACGGUCACGGUCCAGUCUGGGCUCAAUCACUGCUGUCAUCGGACUAUGAGCUGUUGUGUCGUGAUGGCACCAGAGCUCAUGUUUCUCAGUGGAAAACAUGCCAUCUGGUCCGCGUCCCGUUUCGUGGGAUUGUUGUCGGCAACGAUGUUACUCCCUCUGUGGUGUUCAACAUGCUGACGGAUGGCCUGAAAAAGUCAGGCUUCAACAUGUUUUCAUCUGCGGAGUAUGGAGGAGGAACUGUACUCUUCUCAGAGUCAUCUGCCAUGUUUCUGGGGGCCGAACCAGACCCCAAAAAGUGGAUGGGUCGCUUCUACAUUAAUGCCUUGAAAGCCAUGGACUGUAAACCUGAAGGUGUCCUGCGAUGGUGUGUGUUGUCCAGCGGUGAGCAGCAGAAGUGUGCUGACAUGGGCGUGGCCUUCAAAAGUAAAGGUCUGACUCCAGACAUCAAGUGUGUCUACGGGGACUCUGUGACUGACUGCAUGAAGAAAAUCAAGAACAACGAGGCUGAUGCCGUCAAUCUGGAUGGAGGUUACAUCUAUACAGCAGGCAAAGAGUACGGCUUGGUCCCUGCUACCGGCGAGAGCUACACAGAGGACCGUGAUGGUUCCAUGUAUUAUGCAGUUGCGGUGGUGAAAAAAAGUAGCGUUGACAUCCGUAACCUUAACGACCUGCGUGGCCGUCGCUCCUGUCACACCGGAUACGGUCGCACCGCUGGCUGGAACGUUCCCGUAGCAACGCUGAUGGAGAGAGGCCUGAUCACACCUCAGCACUGUCAGAUCCCCCAAGCGGUGGGAGAGUUCUUCAAGCAGAGCUGCGUACCAGGUGCCAACCAGCUGGGCUUCCCCAGCAACCUGUGUGGUCUGUGUGUGGGCGACAGCUCAGGACAGAACAAAUGUGAGAAAGGAAAAGACCUGUACGAUGGAUACGACGGUGCCUUCAGGUGUCUGGCGAAGGGAGAAGGAGAUGUGGCCUUUGUGAAGCAUUCUACUGUCUUCCAAAACACUAAUGGGAACUCUGGUGAAUCUUGGGCAGUGGAUCUCCUCUAUACAGACUUCCAGUUGCUCUGUUCUCAAAAUAGUAAAGCCGAGGUCACACAGUACAGACACUGUCACCUGGCUAGAGUCCCCUCCCAUGCUGUAAUGGUACGGCCCGACACCAACAUCCACGCUGUCUAUGGACUCCUCGACCGGGCACAGGAAUAUUUCGGCAGUGACACAGGUUCUGGUUUCAGGAUGUUUGACUCGCAGACCUACCAGGGCACAGAUCUCAUCUUCAAAGACUCCACUGUUCGCCUCGUGGGCGUUGCUGACAGAAAGAGCUACCAGGAGUGGCUGGGCCAGGGCUACAUGGACUCACUGGUCGACAUGGAGUGUAACUCAUCGAGCACAGUGAUGUCCUCUUUCUGGCUGCUGGCCCUGGUCAGCGUCAUGUUGACCAACAUCUGGAUGUAAUGUCACACGGGCGUCCAGCCUUCUCUCCUCCAUUUUCUCUAUUCUCAUCCCUCACCUCUUUCAAUUUCCUGUUUCCCUCCCUCUCGCUCCAUGUCUGGCUCUUCUGUCCAUUUGGUCUUAAUCUUUUCUCCUAUUUUAACACAGAUAUCUUCAGAUUAUAACCUUCUUUAAAUCAACUUACUAGCCUUAAUCCAAUCCAGUCCAGUUUAGCUUUGCUUUUCUGGAAACCUUUCUUUCCCUGAAUUUGUGUUUUUGUCUUAAAAUUGCAUAAUUUCUACCUGAUUGUGUUAUUUUAAUAUAUGAGAAGAAGGCAGGUGGAACUGCCAUUGGACAUAAUUGGUACUGGUGUUAAAAUGAAGCACAUAGUCUCCUGUUUUUAUGGCAGAUCAGAGAGUUUAGCUGCCAAAGUACUUUCACCCUGUGUGAAUCAGACAUGAUGAGAGAAGGUGCUGCUGCCACUUUGUUUACUGAAGGUGAGCUGCCAUAUCAGUGUGUAUGCUGCCACCUGUGUUACAUUGCUUUAGUGGGUUGCGCAUACCUGUCUCUCCAAAGCUAGUUUUACAAAGAACGGGUUGAUUGUCAUUUUAAACUUCACAUGAGCCACAGAUAAUGUUUUACUUUCUGGUUUACCACAGAGUCCUUCAUAAGAUCUAGAUCACUUUACUGUCUA